AAAUUUGAAUCGUUGGUGCUGUUUAAGGCUGGGGCACUAUGAGAGAUCUGAUUUUCGAACCGAAUUUUUUUUGUACGCGUUUUUAAAUGUAUAACAUUUGGCAGUGAAAACUGCGUUUGAGUGUAAUUUUUGAUUUGAAAAAAAUUGAUUUUGAUUUUGUAGCAAGUGCUGUAAAAAUGCCAAGAGGAAGAGGUAAGCUUUUCUACUAAUCUUUAAUUUUAAAUUUCAUUUUAAUUUUUAGUUCUGCGAGUGGAAACGCUGUGGAGCCUAAUCCAGGCCCGUCCGUAGAACAAUCGCGGUAAGAUUCAACAUAAUUACCCUUUAUUAUAUUAAAUUGUUCAAACAGAAUUCAUUCAUUGGAUUUCUGUUUUCAGUCCAAAUUCCUUGCUGGAGCAACUAAAUACUCUCAAAGUGACGAGGGCUUUGGACCCUAAAAAUCUGGUCAAGUUGUCUCUGUUUAAAAAAAACACCUUGCGGAGCUCAUGCAAAAAAGACAAGUAGACAACUUUAGGAUGUCUGAUGCUCCAGAGCCAAAAAAAGUAAAGGGAAAAGGAAAAGACAGGGAAGAAGACACGCAAGUCUGGGGCUCAUGCCCACUUUUACCGGGGGUACCGACUGUACCUCCCCAACAUGUACCUCAGCCGUGGGAGCUACAACGUUCACACGAUAAUUGUGUGGGUGAGUUACAACGUUCGCAUCUCUGUCUAUAUUACUCUAUAUAUUUUCAAAAAGAUUGUUUUUUAUGUAUUAUAUAUCCUCGUUUUUAUACUCCAGAUAUCAAAAAGGAGGAGGAGGAGGACGAUGAUGUUAUGGAGGGCACAACUCCCGACUUCAUGAUCCCGCUGCGACUGCUUGCCCAGGCGGUGCAGUCUGCUGGCACGCCUGCACGGACCGCUCAAGAACCUGUCAUGGGUACAAUUAACAGUUCCUACUAUAGAGUUACAACGUUCGCAUCUCUAUCUAUAUAUUUUCAAAAACAUUGUUUUUUAUGUAUUAUAUAUCCUCGUUUUUAUAAUCCAGAAAUCACGAAGGAGGAAGAGGAGGACGAUUAUGUUAUUGAGGGCACAACUCCCGACUUCAUGAUUCCUCAGCCACCGCUUACCCAGGCGGUGCAGUCUGCUGACAUGCCUGCACGGACCGCUCAAGAACCUGUCAUGGAAAUCACGAAGGAGGAGGAGGAGGACGAUGAUGUUAUGGAGGGCACAACUCCCGACUUCAUGAUCCCGCUGCGACUGCUUGCCCAGACGGUGCAGUCUGCUGACACGCCUGCACAAACCGCUCAAGAACCUAUCAUGGGUAAGAUUAACAGUUCCUACUAUAGAGUUACAACGUUCGCAUCUCUAUCUAUAUAUUUUCAAAAACAUUGUUUUUUAUGUAUUAUAUAUCCUUGUUUUUAUAAUCCAGAAAUCACGAAGGAGGAAGAGGAGGACGAUUAUGUUAUUGAGGGCACAACUCCCGACUUCAUGAUCCCACAGCCACCGCUUGCCCAGGCGGUGCAGUCUGCUGGCACGCCUGCACGAACCGCUGAAGAACCUGUCAUGGCUCCUACUACUUCAACAACGGCAUCCGGCUUUGGGAGGAGCGCUUACGAGUUUGAUGUCGAAGUACAUAUCAAGCGCGACUUCAAAGAGCCUGGCGAAGGCAGCGAGGUUGAACUUGAAGAAGAUCCUGUCGAUAUUACCUUGAAGCCAAGGAAAGUCGACGAAUAUCCAGUGGACAGUGAGAGCUUAGCGGCCCCGUCGCUAGUUGAGGCAAUAAAUAGUAUUGAUGCUGAAGCCGACUUAGCCCUUCGGACCGUCUUAGAUCCCGGACCCGAUCAAGACUUGCUCAGCUUCGAUUGGCGAUGCGAUGCGGAGAAUUUCGAGGGAGUCAGGGAAGUUUUUACUGUUCCGUCUACUGGCCCAACUUUUAAAUGCGCGGAACUAACUCCCUUGGGAGUCUUUCUGAAAAUUUGGGAUGCCGAUAUUAUCGCCCACAUAGUCCGCGAGACCAAUCGGUAUGGUGGUGAAAUGUUAAGGCGUAAUGAGAAGCCCAACUCCAGGCUGAAACGGUGGCAGGACGUUACCGAUGACGACAUAAAAAAGUUUUUCGCUAUUAUCAUGUUGCAGUCGCUGGUAACAAACAAUGUGGAGCGAGAAUAUUGGUAUCCCAAAUUAGAUGAACUCCGAAUUGGGAAUUUCGGUGACAUCAUGCCCUACAACCGGUUUUUGAUAAUCAAACGUUGUCUACAUUUUGUAAACAACGCGUCCUUGCCCGUGCCUUCCAACAGACUCGACAAAAUUAUGCCCGUCAUUGAGCACCUAAAUGAAAAAUUUAGCUCCCUAUACAUACUUGAGCAAAACGUGGCAAUUGACGAGUCACUCCUUUUAUGGAAGGGGCGACUCACAUUUUCGCAAAAAAUUGCCACAAAAAAAGCGAGAGUAGGUAUAAAAAGCUACGAGUUGUACGAGUCGAGGACCGGCUAUUUGUGGAGGAUGGAGGUUUACUCGGGCAAGGGACACAUUCAUGUUGCGCAGGUGGGGGUGCAAGAACCGGUUGAAGAGCAUGAGGAAGGGGAUGAGCCAGAGAGUGCUACUUCUAAGAUUGUGCUCACUUUGAUGAGACCUUUAUUUAAUAGAGGCCAUACACUCGUUAUGGACAAUUUUUAUAACGCGCCACUUCUAUCUCGGAUCCUCAAAGUGAAGCACAAAACAGAUUCGAUGGGCGCUCUCCGACUCAUCAGGGAGUUUGUUCCAGAAGGCUUAAGAGAAAAGGCAAAAAAAAACAUGAAAGCGGGAGAGGUGGCUUUCAGCACGACCAAAGACUUGAGUGUAGAAGUGUGGAUGGACAAAAACGUAGUUGCAAUGAUCUCCACAUUCCACCAAGUAAAAAUCGGCGGAAUUGAAAAAUAUGGGUACUAUAGAUACAAACCCCAAGUAGUACUCGACUACAACCUCUCUAUGGAUGGCUUAAACCAUAAAGAUCAAAUGCUGCAAGCCUACCCUAUGGAGAAAGUGAGAAAAAUCAUCUGGUACAAAAAACUCUUCCGCCGAUUGGUCAAUGUGUCAAUACAUAAUUCCUUUGUUUUGUUCAACCACAACCGCACUCAAGUCAUUGGAAAUCGUGAGUUUCGGCUGCAGUUGGUGAAGGAGCUACUGCAAGUGUGUGGACCUAGGGCAAUUCCUCGGCCAAUAGAACCAGUGGCACCAGCCGCACCAUCGCAGAUGCAUUUGCCUGUAAAAAAUGAGCGAUCGCAGCGCUGUAAGAUGUGUCACGCAGCCAAAGUGCGUCGUACGACGGUGUGGAGGUGCAGCACCUGCGCAGUGAACUUGUGCAUCGAAGGCUGCUACAUUGAGUACCAUAAAUAGAGGAAUUGACCCUCUGUCACCCACCACACACAGCAGUAGGCAGCGUCUUGCCUCUGCC